AUGUCUUGGGCAGUUGGCAUGGCAUCGCUACUGGCUGGCCGUGUAUCAGCUGGGGAACCCGGAUAUGAACAGUACCCAGAUAUUGUUACUGUGGAGGUUACUAUCACUCUCACACUGCCGACUCAUGCCCCCAAGGGUCGGAAAGAGACUUUGUCUCCCACAUGCAGCGAAUGCCAUGCCACGGUUAUCCACUAUGAGCCGAACGACGCCGAGUUUAUAACAAUGACCACAAAGAAGGGCUACGGUCCGCACCCUACUGUCUCGACUGUUCACCCAGAAUGUCCUGUAUGUACAGGCACCGUCAUCAUCUGUGAGCCCGUUGAGCCAACCGCAAACGCCUACAUCGGCGCUGAUGGGCUCGAGACAAUCGUACUUCCUGGGGCCGAGACAGAUGGCCCAAGGGUGACCAUACCUCCUCAACUUCCUGGAGAGCCUGCUACUGUUGUCAUUGGCAAGCCAGGAUUUGAUAAGGACCCUUCGAAAGCUAGACUACCUGGCGCUGAGUAUGGCCCCGAUGGGCUCAAGACAAUCAUACUUCCUGGGGCCGGGCCAGAUGGUCCAAGGGUGACCAUACCUCCUCAACUUCCUGGAGAGCCUGCUACCGUCGUCAUCGGGAAGCCAGGAUUUGAUAAGGACCCUUCGAAAGCUACACUACCUGGCGCUGAGUACGGCCCCGAUGGGCUCAAGACAAUCAUACUUCCUGGGGCCGGGCCAGAUGGCCCAAGGGUGACUAUACCUCCUCAACUUCCUGGAGAGCCUGGUACUGUUGUCAUCGGCAAGCCGGGAUUUGACAAGGACCUUUCGACAGUUACACUACCUGGCGCUGAUUCCGGCUCACCAACAAGGACACUCCUCCCUACAGGGCCUAGCGGCAUGCCUAUCCCUGGCGAGUCUCCGAUUGUGGUGGUUGGGGAUGGAGAUGUUCCUGGGUUUGGUAACGGUAGCAAGCUUGGCCCAGAUGGGGACCUUGAAGGGGGAAACAAGCCAGACACCGCUGCCCCAAGUGCAGGGGGGAACAACGGAAAUGGUGGUGGUGACGGGCUUGCCGGGGCCACAUCACCUUCAGGCACAUCGCCUUCAAACACGUCAUCGCCUUCAGACCAAGCAUCUCCCUCAGACCAGACACGUCCUUCAGACCAAGCAUCCCCUUCAAACCAAGAAUCUCCUUCAAACCAAGCAUCUCCUUCAGAUCAAGCAUCUCCUUCAGGUCAAGCAUCUCCUUCAGAUACAACAUCCCCCUCAGGCACAUCACCUUCGGAUGCAUCAUCCCCUUCAAACCAAGCAUCACCUUCAGACCAAGCAUCGCCUUCGGACCAAGCAUCUCCUUCGGACCAAGCCUCUCCUUCAGACCAAGCAUCUCCUUCAGACCAAGCAUCGCCUUCAGAUGCAACAUCCCCCUCAGGCACAUCGCCUUCAGACCAGACAGCUCCUUCAAACACACCGUCGCUUCCAGAUGGAUCGUCACCUUCAGACACAGCAUCCCCUUCAGGCACAUCACCGCCUUCAGUCACAACGCCAACUACCCCUACCAGUUGCGUACCAACAAGUUCUCCCGCCCAGUCGGCUUGCGUGACGGCCCUUCCUCAAGCUUGUAGCCAAAUUGAGACGCUCAAAGGGCUUGCUCUCCUACCAGCUGUUCCUUUGUGUCUUGCGGCGCUAGGUCCAUUUGCUAUUGGUAAUGCCGCGACUUGUCUUACCACGUCUAGUAUCAGUAUAUUUACUGCCGGAAGUGAUAUUAUCAACUGUCUGACCAGCGCCUUUGAGGGCCAAUGUAUCGAUACCCUCCCACAGGAGUGCCAAAACCUGAAGACCAAGACCGGCCUCGCUCUUAUUCCAGACCUUGCCACAUGUGCAUUGAAGCUGGGCCCAUUUGCAGUUGGUUCGGCUCUCACCUGCCUCGCUUCCUCUUCAAUUACCGAUUCUUCAACCGGCAUAGGAGUCGUUACCUGCCUCCAGACGGCUCUCGGCAUUUCAUCGCCUGAAUCGAGCAAUGCGGGCGAUGACUCCUGUGCCCCGAGCACCGGGGGGCAGACCUGCGUUACCCAACUGCCUCCAAGUUGCAGUAAUCUUCAGACUACCAAUGGGCUUGAGCUCAUUGUGGCCAUUCCAACAUGCAUUGCUUCUCUCGGUAUAUAUGGUGUAGGUAACGCGGCGCAGUGCUUAGCCACCACCUCUAUCUCAGUCAGCUCAGUGGGCGGUGAUAUCAUCGGUUGUCUCCUGAAUGCUUUCAAGGAAACAUGCAUUGCAGAUUUGCCCCCAGCAUGCUCCAACCUCGAGAAUGAUGAUGCACUGAAGCUUAUUGUGGACGUUCCGCUUUGCAUCGCUGCGCUUGGUCCGUUUGCCGUCGGCGGGGCGUUAACUUGUCUCUCGACCAAGGCAGACUCUGGAAGCAGUAUUGUCGACUGCCUGAAAAACGCCCUUUUCUAA